UUCGGGUUUUCUCAGGUCUGGGCGGCGCUCCGACGUUGGUGAUCCUGGGCUGUGGCAGCCGAAAUGUAAUGAGGCAUUUUCUAACUCAAAGCCGAUAAACCAUACCCAGCGUUUGGUUUUCAGCCGUGGUCCAUGUGCGCUGCGUGAAACAAGGGUGGGACGUUCCCGGUCGGAAGAAGACUGCUUUCCAAAUCGACCCAAUGCCUAUGCAGUGACAGAUAUUGUGAUAUUGGUGUUUGUGUGUAAAGAUGGGGCGCAAGUGCCUGCGCACGCUAUUAAGAAAAACAUGUUUGCCACCUGCAUUAUUGAUGUAGACAUUUAUUUUAUGUGAAGCUCUUUAAUGUGGCAGCAAAAGUGUGAAGCUAACUUUUCUUUGUUAAAACCUUUUUGGUAAAUUGGGAGCUAUCAUACUUUUAAACACUGCAAAAUCUAUUUGGACCUGUGGAGACUGAUAAAGAGCUGCAAAAAAUUUGAGAGGACCGGCAGUGGCAGCAGGGCGUGCGGCGGCGCCAUGAACGUGGGCACGCCGCAGCGAGUGACGACGGUGACACUUCCAGCCGGCCUGGACGUGACCGGCGGCGGCGGCAGCGCGUGCGUCGGCGCCAUGAACGUGGGCACGCCGCAGCGGGUGACCCUGCCGGCCGGCCUGGACGUGAGCCUAGUGGGCAGCGCCGACCUGCGGCAGGGCGCCGCUCGGCAGCGCAAGUACAACUUCUCGUUCAAGGAGAAGGACCUGCUGGUGACGCUGAUCGAGCGACACGGCGACGUGGUCGAGUCGCGCACCGGCGACGGUGUCACCAUUGAGCAGAAAGUGGCCGCCUGGACCGAUAUCCAGGCGCGCUUCAACGAGCAGAACGGCGCCGCGCUGGAGCGCAGCGUCACAGAGCUCAAGAAGUGCUACUGGAACCUGAAGCAGAAGACGAAGAAGGCGCUGGACGCGGGCCGCGAGGCGGGCGCCACGGCCCGCGUAGACCGCGUGCUGUGGCGUAUCGCGCAGCUGGCGCCCGAGCAGUUCGAGGGUCUGCUCGACGGCCACUGCGAGGUGGUGGAUGCUCCGCCCGAGCACGAAUACAGAGCGCUGAAGCAGGAAGCGUUUGAAAUGUCCGACUGGGAGGCGUCGAACACGUCACGCGUCGAGUCGCCCGGCCGCUCGCAAACCAGCGCGCCGUCGCCGCCGGCUGAGCUGGACAUGUACCCGAUCCCCAGUGACUACCUGUCGGUGGAGUUGGGCGCUCCGCCGGCGCCGGCACCCUCGCAACAGCAGCCACAGCCGCAACCGCAGCCACAGCCGCAGCGGCAGCCCGCUAUCGCUCCGAGCUCGGUGGCCAGCCUGGCCGAGCAGUGGCGCGCCGCCGCCGGCCUCUGGACGCCACCCGGCCUGCCCGACCUGCACCGGCUGGUCAACGGGCACGCGGCGGCGGCGGCGCACGAGUACAAAAUGCGCCUGCUGCGCCGCGAGGCCGAUUACAUGGAGGCGCACCACGCCCUCCAGAUGCAGGUGCUGGAGCAGCAGCGCCAGUUCUGGAGCGAGGCGCUGCUGCGGUCCAGGCGGGGAGAGCAGCUGCCGCUUAGUAUGUAG